GCCCGCUUCGAUCGCGGCCGCGCGCCACCGCGAAGCGCUCUCCUCCCCGACCGCACCGCGUCCACGUCGCCGGGAAGGCGUCGAGCGAUGAGCGCCGCCGCUGCAUCGGCGACGGCGACCAAUGUCGCCGUCGUCGGAGGCGGGAUAACGGGGGCCGUAUGCGCGUCGCUGCUGGCCGCGCGCGGCGUGGCCGUGACGCUCUUCGAAUCCGGCCGCGGGGCCGGUGGACGCAUGGCGCAGCGGAGGGAGGUGAUGGAGGACGGCGCGGAGCUGCGUUUCGACCACGGCGCGCCCUACUUCACCGUGAGCAACGACGAGGUUGCUCGUGUCGUAAGCGGGUGGGAGGCGCGUGGACUCGUCGCUGAGUGGAAGGCCAUGUUCGCGUGCUUUGAUCGGGAGACCGGAAAAUUCACAGACUUUGAGAAGGAGGAAACAACUAAGAAGUAUGUGGGAGUACCAGGCAUGAACUCAAUAUGCAAAUCACUCUGCCUAGAGGAUGGUGUGGUGGCCAAAUUUGGUGUCACCAUUGGCAGGAUGGACUGGGUUCAAGAUAAGAGUUCAUGGUCACUUGCUAGUUUGGAUGGGGGAGAUCUUGGCCAUUUUGAUUAUGUUGUAGCAACAGAUAAGAAUAUAGCAUCACCAAGAUUUUCUGGGUUAACUGGAAGACCACCUCCUCUUGAUUGGUCAUUGCUUCCACAAUUGUCAGUAAUGAUUCAGGAUAUCCCUAUCCGCCCCUGUUUUGCUCUUAUGUUAGCAUUCUCAGAGCCAUUGACUAAGGUACCUGUUCAAGGUUUCUCGUUCAAUAAUUCUGAUUACCUAAGCUGGGCAUUUUGUGAUAGUAGUAAGCCAGGACGUGCUCGUGUGCCACUUAACAGUCAGUCUUGGGUAUUGCAUUCAACAGCUGAGUAUGCUUCCAAGGUAAUCAAUAAUAUUGGUCCACGGAAACCUUCAGCUGAUGCCCUUGCUAAGGUGGCAGAGGAGUUGCUCAAAGAAUUUCAGGCUACAGGAUUGAACAUUCCACAGCCAAUCUUUAUGAAAGCCCACAGAUGGGGGAGUGCUUUCCCAGCCACCGCUACAAGUGGAGACGACAAGUGUGUUUGGGACAAGAGCAUGAAAUUGGCCAUUUGUGGAGAUUUCUGCACAAGUCCAAGUGUGGAAGGAGCAGUUCUUAGUGGCAUGAGAGGAGCAUCCAAAAUACUGGGGUGUUUAAACUUUCCAUCGGGGUUGUGAGUUGUGUCUAACCUAUAAUUCUUCUGUUUCCUCCUUGGUUUCUAUUUAUGUGCAUCUAUUUUACAGAAACAGUGGAUCAAGCCCCAAGUGAGAGUUGAGGGCCAUACUGUUUACUGGACAAUUUGUUAUGAAAUAAGAAAUCAGUAAUGAUGGCAAUAUUUGCAUGUAUAUGUUCUUUUUCUGAAGGUUAUUUGUUUUAUUCCCUGUUCCAUAUCAUAUAGAAAAGCCAGGUUGGUACCAUUGAAACUUUGAAAGUGCCUUUUCUCUGCUGGCCUACUAUGUCAUGGACUAAAACACACUAACUACAAGUCUAGUUUGUUUGCCAGACUGAACCCUGUUGACGAGAUGAAAUGCAUAAUGGUACUGUAAUAAAGCCAUACACUAACCACUCUUGUUUUUUGGUGGUGUAUCAUGGUAUUACUAGGGGAUUAGGAAUCAUACUUGUCAUCCAAGUG